CUUCCGAGCACUCCUUAAACGGUACCUUUGAAAGAAAACGGAAAGAGAUUCGAUUCCUCACAGCUUUCCAGAUUUCUAGAGAGGGGGAAUUAACCCUCUCAAUUUCUCUGAAAAUUGAAAAUUUUAUUGGAAAAUUAAGAGAGAGGUUCUCGAAAUUAAGGUCGGAACCUGUGAUUGAAUAGAUUUAUAGGGUUUCGAUCUCUUCUUCUUCGCUCGUUCGUUUGUUUGUUCAUUUGUCUGUAACUGCUUAAUUUCGGAUUCAAUUUAACGGGCAAACAAGAUUCUCAUUCUAACUCUAAUACACGAUUGCGAUCGUAUACGUUGAAGAGUCCUAAAAUCGUUAGGGUUUCGUUCGAUUCAGUUCGUGGGAAAACGAUGAACGAUCAGUCUCAGAAGAUGAAUCAGCCGCCUCCGCAGAUGUUGAACCAGAUGAUGAGCCAGCCUCCGCCUCCGCAGAUUCAGAUGAUGGCUCAGUCCCAGGCUCAGCAAUCUCAGAUGAUGAUGAUGAACCAGUCUAAGCAGCAACAGCAGCCUCUGCCGAUGAUGAACCGGGGAUACAACAAAGUGUGGCCAGUACAGGCUUCUUUGGAUUAUCCUAACAAGAAGAAGUUUCAAAGCCCUUCUUCUUUGAAGCCCAAUUACGUGUCGGGUUUAAAGCCUGGACGAAGCAAUUGGAAAGGCAAGACGUCUGAUAAGCGCAAGGAUCCUAGAAGACUGGAAAAACCGAUGCCAGUUCAAAUGCCGAUGCCGAUGCCGAUACCUAAUACGGCGAUGAACGGUCCAAGUAGUAGUGGGGGAGGGUAUAAACCCCCGGCUCUUCACGAACUGCAGUCGCAGAAUAGAUUGAAAGCCCGGAAAUUCUACCAGAAGAAGAAGUACAAUAAUAGGUUUGCGCCAUACGCGCCUAGGAACACGACGUCGUUUAUAAUCAGGGCAAAGAAGGCUGGAGGCAUUGCGGAGCUGGUGUCCCCAUGUCCUGUGACGCCUGCUGUGCUCCCGACGCCGAUAUUCUCGCCCUCGAGGGAGGUGUUGGGGGAUACGGCGAAAGAGGAGUGGGGUGUUGAUGGGUAUGGGUCGAUGAAAGGGUUGAUUCGACUGAGGUCGCCUGGGAAUGAGCAUGACGAAGAGGAGGAAGACGAGAAUGGUGGGUCGAGUGAUAGUGAUGUAGAGGAGCACGUGGAAGUGGAGAGGAGGUUGGACCAUGAUCUGAGUCGAUUCGAAAUGAUAUACCCGAACUACAGUGGGGUUGAGUACAAUAAUGUGUUGGAGAAUAGGGUAGAUGAUCAGGAUUCGCAUAUAGCGCAGUUGGAGGAGGAGAAUUUGACGUUGAAGGAGAGGCUUUUCCUGAUGGAGAGAGAGCUGGGAGACCUGAGGAGGAGGUUGCAAUUUCUCGAGAGACAAAAUCAAGUGGUGGUGGAUAUGAAUGAGGAGGUGGUGGAGAAUGGGUCUGAAAACGAAAGCGAGGGUGGGUCGGAUGCACCGGCUUCAAUGGGUUGCGAGAAUAAUGUGGACAUGAUGGAGUAUGUAUCUGGAAGUGGAGCGAAGGGAAGAAAUGCUGACGAUGACAUCGAUGGGGCAUCGGAUAACGAGGCUGUAGGGGCUGUUUGUAUGGAAGAGUUUGAAGAAAGGAACGAGAUUGUAACGAAACAAGUAAUUGCAGAUGGAAAAAACACCGAGUGUGGAGGAAUUGUGAAGGAAAAUGUGAUAAAGGAUGAGGAGACGAGAACUGAUUUUGUAACGGAUGAAGUCAUUGCAGUGAAGAAUGAAGAACCAAGGAAUGAGUCCGUACCAGAUGAAGCAGAAAUAGCGAAGGAGAAGGAGAAGGAGAAGGAGUUCAAAGUUGAAACGGUUACUUAUGAUUUGGCAUCGAAAGAUGUGAUGGCUUCGGUGAACGAUGGGACCAGGAUGAAAAUGGCAAGGAAUGAGAUUGCGGAGAAGAACGAGUUCACGAAUGAGGAACAAAGGAAUGUGUGCUCAGAGAAGAGCAUUGGCGACGGUGACUAAUUUGUCCCGCGUUAAUGUAGUGAGUGGCAUGAGGAAUAAACUCUCAUGGGGAUGAGUUCUUAGCAAAGUGUGUGGAGGUAGUGUUUCCUUUUAUUUCUUUAUUAUUUGCUUUGUAAAUUAAAUUUUGCCCUUUUUGUUUCUAUUUUCUGGUCUGCCUGUGCUAAUGAAACCCAUACCAUGGAUGAAAGGAUGGUUCAUUCUUGGGUGAAUAAAUAGUACCGCCAUGGGUAUACCACAACUUCAAGAUCAAUCGGUUUAAGGACAGAGUUCUCCGCCAAACUGGGUUGGAGGAAGGGUUGGAGGACACGCAAGUGCUCAAGGGACAUGCCAAUUUUUAAACUGGGUUGGAGGAUAACUCUAUCCCCCAUUUAAUUGAGUAGCUGAUAGUCACGGCAUAGAUCUUGUUCCCUGCUCUCGGUUUUUAGCUUGAACUGGGACAGAAAUGGAAAAGAUUAUGUCCUCUCCCAUUGUUUGAAAUGUGGAGGUUCAUAACUCGUCACCUGUUAGCUCUAGCUGUGUUAGCCAUGCUAUUGAUUGAACAUGGAAAGACUAUCUUUCUCCCUAUGGAGGUACUGCCAUGGGGUAGACCACAACUUUGAGAUCAACCCCAUUUUAUUAUGGCGCAACAGGCAUGGUGUAGAUCUGUUCCCUGCUCUGUGGUUUGACCAAAACUGGGACCUGAAUUGGAAAAGCUGAGUGUUCUCUACUGAUUUUCCAUGGGAACCCUAUCUUACUCCAUAUGGAGGUGCUGCGUGCACAUAGAGGUGUGAGUAGAGGAAGCCUCAAAAAGCUGGCAUGAUGAUUAGACGUAUUACGCUAGUUGAUUUUUCAUCAUUCCAACUCAUCUGGUUAAAUUAUACUUGCGGUAUUGUUUUGUCAACUUAGGCUUCAUGGGGAGUGCCUCUGUUAUAUUAUCUUCCUGCCCCUGCUGCUAGCUAGUGCCUCUUCUAAGUACGUCUAUGGAUGUGGAUUGUUUGUUGCAGCUCUGAGGCUCUUUUCAAAUUUUUUGCUCUUUAGGUUUAUUGAUUAUGCAAGUACAUGAACAUUACUCAUCAAUACACCAUCAAAUUUAAUUGCUA